AUGCUGCAAUAUCACCGACCGCGUGCAUUAUAACCAAUUAUAGUGACAUAUCAGCAAACGACAAGAAAACACUGACAUGAAUACCCAAUCCAGUGACCUUCACCUUCAAAUCCAAGCUAGGAUACUGUAACUCAUACCCCAGCACUCGCUUCUCCCCGUCAGAUCUAUCCCCCGAUCUCGCCAACUCUAUUUCCUCACCUGAGAUAUCGCUUCAAACACUCACGCCAGUAAUUCCACCAUCUCCAUAAAUUACUCGAAUGCGAAAAUCUCGGACAUCAAUUCAAACCCCGAAUCUAUCUAACCAUGGAGAGCACCUCGCUCGUGCCGUGUCGACUGGCAUGUUCUCUACGCCAAGGGGUCCAGAUCAGGCACUAGUCUUGCAGCGCCGAGGACGUCAGAAUUGCCAAAGAGAAAAUUCCAAAGGAUGCUCUACAGCUUCUGCGUAAACGGGCAAGUCAAGAUGAGCGACGUACGGGAGGGCUAUCCUGUUUCGUCAGUGUAAGUUGAGAUAUUACGCAAUUUAUCAUGUUUAAGGGCCUUCUUCCCACUUGUCUCUCGUCUUUUGGAACCUGUCACAUUUGCAGUGGAAGAAGCAAAACAGGCCAUCUUUGUGGAGUCUUUAAUUGGAUGUUGUAUCCGGUUGUGCAUAUUCUCGUGAUUUUUGUUUUCUCCCCCUCAUCGAGUGAGGGAGUAUUUAUACUAGAUGUUGUCCCGAGGAGUCGAGGCGCAUUGUGAUAGUUGGAAGAGAAACGGCAAAGACAUGGGUGCUCACGAUACAGAAGGUAAAAGGGCGAGUCCGAGGAGUAGUCCUCCAUUACAAGAAAAGUCAGAUCCGGCGGGGCAUGAUGAACAAGGUAUGAGGAUGGCAUUCACGUUGGGGCAUUGAGUGGAUAGUGAAUGUCUAGUUGAGAUUGAAAGAGUCAGAAGACAGAUGAAAUGAGUCGCACAAGACAAUCGUAUGACAACUAACACCACUCCAGAUACAGACACAACCCCCGAUGAUAACCAAGGCCUCUUACAUGGCAACGCAGUAAUCGAAGCCGGCGGCAGCGACGAAGACGGUGAAUUCUCCGCUAGCGACUUUGAUCCCGAAGAUUCUUCAAGUCUUCGCUCCUCCUCAACAUCCAUAAGCUCCAGUAUUCUCGAACACAGCUAUCAAAACGGUCGUCGAUAUCACCGUUAUCGCCAUGGCCGAUAUCCCUUACCGAACGAUGAGGCGGAGCAGAAUCGUGAAGAUAUGCUUCAUGCGAUGAUGUUGGAAGCCACAGAUGGACGGUUAUUUUAUGCGCCGGUUCGUGAGAAUCCGCAGAGGAUAGCGGAUUUGGGGACUGGUACGGGGAUUUGGGCUAUUGAGAUUGGUGAGAAAUAUCCGAGUGCAGAAGUAUUGGGAUUGGAUCUAAGUCCAAUACAACCGACAUGGGUACCUCCAAACGUCAAAUUUUAUGUGGACGAUAUCGAAGACGAAUGGCUCAACGGCGAUGACUUUGACUUCGUUCAUCUUCGCAACAUGAUCCCAAUCCUCAAAUCGCCUGUAACCCUCCUCAGGCAAGUAUAUGCAAACAUGAAGCCCGGUGCUUGGGUAGAACUCCAAGACGUAGAUGGCCAAGUCCACACAGACGACAACAGCAUCCCUGACGAUUGGCCCCUGAAACGCUUCACAGAAAUCAUCCUCCAAGCAUUCGCUCUCUACGAAACAAACGCACACGCCGCAGUAUUCGGAGGCCAAUAUCUUGCUGAAGCAGGGUUUGUUAAUAUAAAACACAAUUUUAUCAAAUUGCCAUAUGGGACAUGGCCAAAAGACAAGGUCAUGAGAUUGGUGGGCAUGUAUUAUCGAACUGCAUGUGAGGAAUUCUUCCCGGCGAUUGGGAAUUUGCAUUUUCCGCAGUUGGGAUGGGGUAAAGAUGAGAUGGAGGUGUUUUUUGCAGAGUGUAGACAGUCCAUGAGGGAUCCGAAAGUUCAUGCUUAUGGGAAGAUGCAUUUUUGGAGUGGCCAGAAGCCAUUGGAUGCAUAGAGUGCAUUGAUGAUGGGAUCUACAGAACCGCCAUGAGAAAUGUUGAAAGAUCUAUGUAUCGAGGAUCAUGUUUGAGCGUCGGUGCCAGAAGAGAAGGACUGAACAGUAUAUGCUUCAUGAUUUAUGCUAUCAAAUACCACUUUUAAACCCAACUCCAAUCUAACCAGAUAUACAUAAUCUAUUACAUUACCUCCGUCCCUUCUUAGCCUUCUUACUUCUAGGCUCCUCAUCCCCUCCCUCUGCAUUUCUUCUCUUCUUCCUACCCUCCUCAAGCAACUUCUGCAUACCCUCCGUAGCCUUGAACUUGGGAUUCGAAGGAUCAAUAGCAUACUCGUGACUCUCAAACACAGCCUUGAAACGAUCAUCGUCAACAUCCAUGCUAAAGUCCUCCUGCAGACCGCCGCGGGAUUCUUUGGCCAGGGCCUUCUUUUUGGCUUUGCCCUUCUUCUUUUUGGCCUUCUCUGCGCGGACGAUUUCGUUCAUGUCGAAGUGGUCUAGGUGAUCAGCUUGGUCUGCGUCCACGUCGGCCAUGACCUUCUCGAGCUGCUUCUUCUGGGCUUUGUUUUCGGCCUCGGCGGCUUCGCGGGCUUCGCGCUUCUUGAGACGGUCGGCUUUGCGGAUGGAGGUCUUGGAAGAUGCUGCGGGGUCUUCGGCGGCAGUGAAGAAGGGGUCGUCGAAUCCAAGGUCGUCGGUCUCGCCUGCAGGGACCUCGACAUCCUCCUCUUCCUCCUCCUCGGCAUCAGGGUCCUGGCCAGCACGCCGAGCUCGUGCAGCUUCGCGCUUCUUCUCCUUUCGCUCCUUUUCCUUUCGGAUGUACUUCUCAAUUGUUGUCUCCUCCUCGACUGUCUUCUUUGGUGCGCUCUCUGACAAAGCAGGCGUGAAAGUAAUCUCCAUGUCGCCUACGGGGGCGUUCUUGGAAGAUUUGGUAGGUUCCUCAGAUAGACCCAAGGCAGCGCGCAUUUUUCGACGCGCCAACUCCUUCUUGGAAAGCUUGGGCUCAUCCUCACCCUUCUCUUCUUCGACGACCUCUUCUUCCUCCACAUCGUCGUCAUCUUCGCUGUCGCUUGCCAAGUAUGCGCGGAGAUCGUUCUCUUCGAUCUCGUUGCGACUACCACUAAAAGCGCGGUUGAUGGAUUCCUUGCGCGAUGCCUCCUCAGGAUGCAUGUCCCAGGUAAGCUUGACCUUUGAGCUCUGAAGGGCGUUUGUCACGAAUUCUACGGGCUUGUAUGACUCGGGAACCUUUUCACACUCGUCUCUGGGCUCGUCAUCGAAAGUGACAUCGUCGGGAACGAAUCGAAGAUCGAGGAAGUUGGAGGAUGACUGGUACUCUCGUCCAUCGACAGCCUCGUAGAGCUUCUGCGCAACAGCUGGGCUUGAGCAGACCAUGACGGCAUAGUAGUAUCGUAGACGGUCGAGCUGGUAAGAUCGUAGCGCAUCACUGUCGAAGUCCUGAUCGUCACCCUCUUGGAGCAAACUCUUCUUGAUUCGCUCGUCUCCAUCCUCACUUUCUUCGUCGCUGUCAUCCGAAUCGUCGUCCGAGUCGUCCUUGGAGUUCUUGAACAAUGCCUUCGGGGGUCCUUCAACUUCUUCCUGCUGCAUGCGCUCCUUGCCAAAUUCACUAGGGUAUACUGAAAUCUUGUCGAUCUUGCCACCAGUCUCAGGAAGGAAACUGUUGAAGAGAGCCAUGAGGUCAGUAGAUUUGACGUGGUCCCAGUCAAGGUUGACAAUGGCGAUUCGAUUCGUCACUUCUCCAGCCUCAACAUCGUUUUGCUCAUCUUGGAAUCGCUGCAUGUCUCCCUCGGUAUCGACUUGCGCGCCACCUUCUUCUUCGUCGGAGUCGGACUCUUCCUCCUCAGAAUCAGAGUCGUCUUCAGAAGAUGAGAAACCACCGCCUCGGGCAGGGUCGUAUUUCUCGUGCGCCUUUCGCAAUUCUCGCUGAACGACCUCGUCAUCCUCGACCUCGAUGUCAUCUUCCUCCUCUCCCCCCUCCUCCUCGUCUUCUUCUUCAUCCUCCUCGCGGUACAACCUUUGUAGAGCCUUCUUCUUGGAAUCCGAUUUUACUUUUCGGCCAUAUCGGUCGACCUUGGCGGUAGCAGUGAACUCGUCAUCUUUAAGCAUGCGAGAGAAUCGCUUGUCGAUUGUGGUUUUUGUCUGCUUCUUCGAGGGCAAACGGAAUCGGGGAUCGGUCUCAAAGUCGGCAAAUCGCUCAUCAGCGAUUUGACUCGCCGCAGGGGCAGCCUUUUUCGUUUUCUUGUCGUUUUUCAUAUUGUCUUGACGAAGCUAAUUGUGAUGAAUUCGCGAAGCUUGCUUG